CCCCAGCAGUCAACCAGGAUGCUUCUCUUCUGUGUGCUUCUCUUAGUAUCUCUGAUAGGGGAAAGUUCUGAACAGACAAUAACAGCAAUGAUGGCUGAAAUUCACGCUUUAGAUGGAGAAAAUGUCACCCUCUCGUACAAAUAUGAUGGCACGAACAUUCAGAGUUUGCAGUGGUAUCUCCAGUACCCCGGAUCUAGACCAGAGUAUGUGAUUUCAGUCUUUGAAGCUACAAAGAGUGUCGUUCGUGCUGACUCUCAAAAUCUACGGUUCAAUGCCACGGUGAAUUCGGACAAAAAACAAGUUUCUUUGGAGAUCUCCUCUGCAAAGAUCUCAGACUCUGCUGUGUACUACUGCGCUCUGCAGCCCACAGUGACAGGAAACACAAAAAGCCUGUACAAAAACCCAGGAGCAAAUGGCAGUGUUUGGUUCCGUCAAAAUGAGCAGAUAUUUAUUUACUUUUAUAAAGACGCCAUGCCUGAGUUUGCCCACUGUGGGGCAGUAUCAGUGUCAUUAAGUUUGGCAGUUCCUGCAAUGUCUCUGAUCGUACACAUCGAUAAACAAAUUCAAGGGAAUUUGUGGGCAAUGAUGCUGCAGACAAAAGAUGACGAUGAGGAAUUUAAAGGGAGGUUUCAUGCUGAGCUCAACAUUACCUCUAAAACUGAUCUGACCAUCCAGAAGAGUCUGAUUCUGCUGUGUACUAUAGUGCUCUGA